AUGGCAAGCUUAGCUAUCGUAACAGUAUCCAACAUUACCACCGAUCAAUAUGCUCUUCUUGCCUUAAAGGCUCAAAUUUCUUAUGAUCCUCGUAAUGUUUUGACAAGCAACUGGUCUGUCAGCUCCUCCAUUUGCAGUUGGGUUGGUGUCACUUGUGGUUCCGGCCAUCAACAAGUCAUCGCUUUGAACCUUUCUUACAUGGGUCUUGUAGGCACCAUUCCUCCACACAUAGGAAACCUUUCAUCUCUUGUCAGUCUUAGCAUCGAAAACAAUAGUUUUCAUGGCUCUCUACCCAACAAGUUGGCCUGUCUUUACCAAUUGCAACACUUAUCCCUUGGAUUCAAUAAGUUUGGCGGAGAAAUCCCGACAUGGAUUGGUUUGUUAACCAAACUUCAAAAUUUGUCGCUACAUGGUAACAAUUUCAGAGGGACUAUUCCAUCAUCUCUAUCUAACAUAUCUUCAUUACAAACUAUUAAUCUUAGUUAUAACCAACUUUCGGGCUCCAUUUCAUCCUCCAUCUUUAACAUAUACAACUUGAAAAGAAUGGAUCUCAGUGAUAACAUGCUUUCUGGUCCGAUGCCUUCCAAUAUUUCCUACAUGUCAUCAUUGCAGUAUUUAUCAUUGACGAAUAAUUAUUUAAGUGGAAGUUUACCUUCAGAAAUUGGAAACUUAAUCAUGCUCUCCGAUUUAUAUCUUUCCGGCAACAACUUUGAAGGAAGAAUACCUCCUGAAAUCGGCAACUUAACCAUGCUUACCAAGUUAUGCCUUUACUCUAACAACUUUGAAGGUACUAUCCCAUUCACUUUGUUUAAGAGCAAACAAUUACAAAUUUUAUUGUUGGCGGAUAAUAAAUUCACCGGAAGUGUACCUUCAGAAAUUGGAAACUUAAUCAUGCUCACUGAGUUAUACCUUUUUGACAACAAGUUUGAAGGGACUAUUCCAUCGACUUUGUUCAAGUGCAAACAACUGCAAUAUUUAUUUUUAUCGAGUAAUAAAUUCACUGGAGAAGUACCUCCAGAAAUUGGAAACUUAACCAAGCUCACAGAGUUAAACCUUCAAAACAACACCUUUGGAGGAAAGAGUAAACUGAGAUAUGAAGAUGUUAGGGAUUUUGUUCUUAUUGAGGAGGUUCACAGGAAGGAUGCUAGUGAAACCUCUUGA